CCUCUUUCAUUCUGGUCUUCCCUCCCCAAAUCACACUACCAGUCUGCUACACCCAAAGCCUUAAACCAGAAGAAGAACCCUUUUCCCGCACCACCGAAGAGAGAGAAAAACCAGAAACCGAGCAGAAAACAACAAUGGCGGCAGUAGACGUUGAAGCGGUCGACUUUGAGCCAGAGGAAGAUGAUCUCAUGGACGAAGACGGUGGUGCUGGAGAUGCCGACGGUUCUCCUAGAGCUUCUCACCCUAAGCUCAAGUCCGCCAUUACCGGCGCCGGUGACUCGUCUGGCGGUUUCGGAAAUAAGAAGACUAAAGGACGUGGUUUUCGUGAAGAAGCUGAUGCUGAGCGUAACAGUCGUAUGGCUGCUCGUGAUUUUGAAUCUCUUGAUUCUGAUGGUGGCCCUGGCCCUGCUCGCUCAAUUGAGGGCUGGAUUGUACUUGUCACAGGAGUGCAUGAAGAGGCACAGGAAGAGGAUCUCCUUAAUGCCUUCGGAGAUGUCGGUGAUAUUAAGAACCUGCAUUUGAAUCUGGAUCGUCGUACUGGAUUUGUUAAGGGUUAUGCACUGAUUGAGUAUGGAAAGUUUGAAGAAGCACAAGCUGCAAUAAAGGAGAUGAAUGGUGCCCAAAUGCUUGAGCAGCCGAUAAAUGUUGAUUGGGCUUUUAGCAACGGGCCUUACAAGAGGAGGGGCAACCGUAGAAGAUCACCACGAGGUCAUCGAUCAAGGAGUCCUCCUAGAAGAAGAUAUUAAUUCUGUUUGUUGCGCUCGUGGAAAUUGUGGAUACCUUCUCCUGAUUUCGAAGUUCAAAGCAUGCGGUGGAGCUACUUCGUUUUUUUGCCCAAUAUAGUAAGGCAUUUGGGUCUGUAUUUGUUUUGCUGAAUGAAUGAUUCAUCCGUAUACAUGCUUUUGUUAACGAGUUCUCGCUUCUCUUAUGAGAACAUGGAAAAGAUUUUUUGAUCGUCGUUGAGUGUACACAAUUUCUUUUAAUUGUAUUGAUUUUUAGCCCUUUUUAGCUGUAUGAAUGUUUUAUUCGACUUGUUUCAAACGUGUGGAUUUUUUUUACA